AUGCUGUCCCUGCCCUUCUACCAGCGGCAGCUGGAGCACUACGACCGCGCCUACCGCCACCGGGAGCUGCACUCCACCCUCAGCCACUACCACAAGCAGGCCAAGAGCAGCUCUGCUCUCUACGCCCAAGGCUCUGCCGCCUACAGCCGCAGCGCCGCGGGGUACCGCCGGGCCUCGGCCGCCAGCCUCGACUCUUCCUCAGCUCACAGCCACAGCUCUGCUGCCUACAGCUAUGGCUCCGCUGCCUACGAGCACUCUGCUGCCAGGCAGAGCUCUGCUGCCUAUGGGCUGGACUCCGAGGCCUUCAGCAGCAGCUCAGCUGCCUACAGGCAUGGAUCUGAGUCCAUCAACAAGCUGGCCACAGCCUACAGGCUGGGUUCUGAAGCCUACAGUCGGGGGCUGAAAGAUUCCAGUUUACUGGCUGAAGAUCAGUCCUACAAGAUGAGCCCCAAAGCGAAGAGAGCCAAACAGAAUGUGGUGUCCGAGGAGAAGGAGAAUGAAGCCAUGGACUACUCGGUGCCCAUCUUCACAGGGAGGGAAGUGAACCUGAGUGGUAUCACAGACACAGAGGAGGAAAGGAUUAAGGAAAGUGCUGCCUACGUUGCCCAGAGGAACCUUUUUGCCACGAGUGAAGGGGUGAAGGUCAGCAAGGUGGCCAAGACAGCCAAGACAGCUUCUGAAGAGGAGCAUCAUGAGAAGAAGUCAAGGAAAGUGGUGGUCCGGGAGUCUGCUGAGCGUGUGGCCCUGCAGAAGAAGCUGGAGGAGACCCAGGCCUUCCGCAGGAAGCUGAACCAGGACCAGCUGCUGCACGCCCCCGAGUUCGUCAUCGAGCCGCGCUCCCACACCGUCUGGGAGGAGCAGACUGUCAGCUUCCACUGCUCCGUGGCUGGCUGGCCAGAGCCCCGUGUCACCUGGUACAAGAACAAUGUCCCCAUCGACGUGCAGGCUCACCCCGGCAAGUACACCAUCGAGAGCCGCUACGGGCUGCACUCGCUGCACAUCAGCACGUGUGAUUUUGAUGACAUUGCUCAGUACCGAGCCUCUGCCAUGAAUGUCAAAGGAGAAAUUUCAGCCUUUGCUUCCCUCGUGGUCAAGAGAUACAAAGGAGAAGUUGAUGAAAGCCUGUUACGCUUUGGAGCUAGCUCCAUGCCUCUGGGCCUUGGAGUUUCCCCUUACGGCUUUGCCUCCAGGUUUGAGAUCAAGUUUGUUGACAAGUUUGAUGUGUCCUUUGGGAGGGAAGGAGAGACCAUGAGCCUGGGCUGCAGCGUGGUCAUCAGUCCUGACAUCAAGCGCUUCACACCCGGCAUCGAGUGGUACCGCAACGGUGUCCUCCUUACACCAUCCAAGUGGGUGCAGAUGCACUGGAGCGGGGAGCGAGCUUCCUUGACCCUGCCCCAUGCCAACAAGGAAGAUGAAGGCCUCUACACCCUGAGGGUGGUGAUGGGAGACUACUAUGAGGAGUACAGCAGCUAUGUCUUUGUGAGAGAUGCUGAUGCUGAGGUCCCCGGCGCCCCAGGUGCCCCCCUGGACGUGCAGUGCUUGGAUGCCAACAAAGAUUAUGUCAUUGUCUCCUGGAAGCAGCCUGCUGUGGAUGGAGGAAGCCCCAUCCUUGGCUAUUUCAUUGACAGGUGUGAGGUUGGCACCAGCCACUGGACGCAGUGCAACGAGACGCCGGUGAAGUUCGCGCGGCUGCCGGUGACCGGCCUGGUGGAAGGCCGCUCCUACACCUUCCGCGUCCGCGCCGUCAACAGCGCCGGCGUCAGCCUCCCGUCGCGUGUCUCACCGCCCGUGGCCGCCCUGGACCCCUCUGACAGAGCCAGGCUGAGAAGUCACCCUUCUGCUCCCUGGACUGGCCAGAUCAUUGUCACUGAGGAGGAACCUGCAGAGGGUGUUGUUCCUGGCCCACCUACGGACCUGCAGGUUAUUGAAGCCACCAAGAACUACGUGGUGCUCAGCUGGAAGCCUCCUGGGCAGCGGGGCCACGAGGGCAUCAUGUACUAUGUGGAGAAGUGCGUGGCGGGCACGGAGGACUGGCAGCGCGUCAACACGGAGACGCCGGUGCGCUCGCCUCGCUUCGCGCUCUUCGACCUGGCCGAGGGCAAGGCCUACAGCUUCCGCGUGCGCUGCUGCAACUCCGCCGGCGUGGGGCAGCCCUCCGAGGCCACCGCCGCCACCGUGGCCGGCGACAAGCUGGACGUUCCCAAGGCUCCUAGCCACGUUAUGCCAGUGAGGAAUACAGACACCUCAGUCCUUGUCACCUGGGCAGAGCCCCCAGAUGCCAAGGAGCUGGUUGGGUACUACAUUGAGUCAAGUCUGGUUGGAUCUGGUCAUUGGGAACCAUGCAACAACAAUCCUGUGAAAGGCACAAGGUUCGUCUGCCACGGGCUGGCCCAUGGUGAGAAGUACAUCUUCAGAGUCAGGGCUGUCAACGCCGCAGGACUCAGCGAGUUCUCCCAGGACUCGGAGCCCAUCGAGGUGAAGGCAGCCAUUGCUGCCCCCUCUGCACCCUAUGACAUCGUGGUGCUGGAGAGUGUCCGUGACUCGAUGGUGCUGGGCUGGAAGCAGCCCCAGUCUGCUGGGGGCACCGAGAUCACCGGAUACUACGUCAACUACCGGGAAGUGGUUGGUGGAGUUCCUGGGAAGUGGAGGGAGGCCAACAUCAAAGCUGUCAGUGACAGAGCCUACAGGAUUGAAAACCUGAAGGAGAACAUGGUCUACCAGUUCCAGGUGGCUGCUGCCAACCUGGCUGGGGUGGGGACACCCUCUGAGCCCAGCCAGCCCUUCAAAUGUGAAGAGUGGAGCAUUGCUGUGCCUGGGCCACCCCACGAUGUGACAUGCACAGAGGUCAGGAAGGACUCCGUGGUUCUGCUGUGGAAGGAGCCAGUUUACACUGGCCGAAGCCCCAUCGCUGGGUACUACGUUGAUAUGAAGGAGCACGAAGCCACGGAGGAGCUCUGGAGAAGUGUCAAUGAAAAGCCUCUCCAGAAGAAGUACUUGAAGGUGCAGGGCCUGGCGCGGGGCCGGCGCUACGUGUUCCGCGUGCGGGCAGCCAACCAGGCCGGCGUGGGCAAGCCCUCGGACGCCACGGAUCCUGUCCUGGCUGAGACACCACCAGGAACCAAGGAGGUGGUGGUUGAAGUAGAUGACAACGGAGUCAUUUCCCUCAACUUUGAGUGUGAGAAGAUGUCUCCAGGCUCCAAGUUUGUUUGGUCCAAGAAUUAUGAACCCAUUGAGGAUGACUCCCGACUGAACAUCGACACCAAGGGCGGCAAGUCAAAAGCUUCCUUUAAGGAUCUGGGAGAAGAGGACCUGGGCAUUUACUCCUGUGUGGUGACAGACACAGACGGGGUCUCAGCCAGCCACACGAUUGAUGAGGAAGAGAUGAAACGUCUGCUGGCCCUAAGCCACGAGCACAAGUUCCCAACUGUCCCACUCACCUCUGAGCUGGCAGUGGAGAUCUUGGAGAAAGGAGAAGUCAGGUUCUGGUUGCAAGCUGAAAAGCUGUCUGGCAAUGCCAAGGCCAACUUUGUCUUCAAUGACAAGGAGAUCUUCAAUGGAGAGAAAUACAAGAUGAAGGUGGACCAGAAGACAGGCCUGGUUGAAAUGGUCAUGGAGAAGCUCGAGGAGAAGGAUGAAGGGACUUACACUUUCCAACUGCAGGACGGCAAAGCCACCACCCAGUCCAGCCUGGUCCUCAUUGGGGACGUCUUCAAGAAGCUGCAGGAUGAAGCAGCCUUCCAGAGGAAGGAGUGGCACAGGAAGCAAGGUCCUCACUUUGUGGACAAGCUGGGAUGGGAGGUGACUGAUGACUGCAAUGUGAUGUUGAAAUGCAAGGUGGCCAACAUUAAGAAGGAGACACACAUCGUGUGGUACAAGGACGACAGGGAGAUCAUGGUGGAUGAAGAGCACGACUUCAAGGACGGGGUCUGCACCCUGCUGAUCUCAGAGUUCUCCAGGAAAGAUGCUGGCACUUACGAAGUCAUCCUGAAGGACGACCGCGGGAAGGACACCAGCGAGCUGCAGCUCAAGGACACAGCCUUUGCAGAGCUGAUGAAUGAAGUCUGCAGGAGGAUUGCUCUGUCUGCCUCAGACCUGAAAAUCCAGAGCACAGCUGAGGGCAUCAGGAUCUACUCCUACGUGACCUACUACGUGGAGGAGCUGCGGGUGGGCUGGGUGCACAACGACACGCCGCUGAAGUUCACGGAGCGCCUGAGGAGCGGUGUGACUGGGGAGCAGCUCUGGCUGCAGAUCAACGAGCCCACCCCCCAGGACAAGGGCAGGUACACCAUGGAGCUCUUUGAUGGCAAAACUGCACACCAGAAGACAGUGGACCUCUCUGGGCAAGCCUUUGAUGAAGCCUUUGCAGAGUUCCAGAGGCUGAAGCAAGCUGCAAUUGCAGAGAAAAACCGCGCGCGGGUGCUGGGAGGCCUGCCAGACGUUGUCACCAUCCAGGAGGGCAAGGCACUCAACCUCUCCUGCACUGUCUGGGGGGAUCCCCCCCCGGAGGUGGCGUGGCUGAAGAACGAGAAGGCCUUUGCCUCAGACGCCAACUGCCAGCUGCGCUUCGAAGCGGGCAAGAGCGUCACCUUCAGCAUCUCCAGCGUGUCCACCCUGGACUCGGGCAAGUACAGCCUGGUGGUGAAGAACAAGUUCGGCACCGAGACCAGCGACGUCACCGUCAGCGUCUUCAUCCCCGAGGAGGUCGCGGCCGGGAAGAGCGCCGAGGCCUGA